AUGACUAUAAGAACGACCUCAUCCCUUCUAAAAUUUUUUAUUUCUCUCUUUCUCGCCGCCUAUGCUUCGCUUCUCUCUCUAAAAUCUCACUCAAACAAAAAACAGAGCAUACUCUUGAGUUUUUCUCUUUUCAAUCAGUUCAAGCUGGCGAUCGAAAAUCAAGAAUCCACUGUUCGUGAAAUCAAGCCCAAGAACAGAAGAAUAAUGGGAGCUGGUGGACCUGAUGAAGAAGACAACAGGUGGCCUCCAUGGCUGAAACCUUUGUUAAGAGAACAUUUCUUUGUUCAAUGCAAGCAUCAUGUCGAUUCUCACAAGAGUGAAUGCAAUAUGUACUGCUUAGAUUGUAUGAAUGGCGCUCUCUGCUCAUUCUGUCUAGCUUAUCACAGGGAUCAUCGUUGUAUUCAGAUCAGGAGGUCUUCAUACCAUGAUGUGAUAAGGGUAUCUGAGAUACAGAAAUACCUCGACAUAUCUGGAGUUCAAACUUAUGUUAUUAACAGUGCUAAGGUUGUUUUCAUCAAUGAGAGGCCACAGCCAAGGCCUGGAAAAGGUGUCACAAACACCUGUGAGGUCUGUGACCGAAGCCUCGUGGAUUCCUUCCGCUUCUGCUCCCUUGGUUGCAAGCAGAUUGUUGGCACAUCAAAGAAUUUCCAGAAGAAGAAGAGGCACUUGGCCAUGGCAUCAGACUCCGAGGAUUCAUACAGCAGCAGUAGCCAUGGAAAGCUGAAGAACAACAAUAAAGAAAACAACAAUAACAACAAAGUGCAGAGCUUCAUUCCUUCAACACCCCCUCCGACUUCGGUUAAUUACCGAACUGCCAAACGUAGAAAGGGCAUUCCCCACCGAUCCCCAAUGGGAGGACUAAUCAUAGAAUAUUAGCCAUAGCCAUAGUGCUUUCUCCCCUUUCUUCUCAAGUCAAAAUAUAUUUUACCCUACUUUUGCCCAAUAGAUACAAAGCCAUCGUCACAAUGCCCUAUGGAAAAAGCCGGCAUUGUCACUCCCCCAACCCACCUCCAGUAUCUUGUAAAUAGAAGCAGCAAAACAAAUAAUAGAAACAUAAGACCCCAUAUGUUAAGGACUUGAAUGCUACUCUUUUUUUUUUUUCAGUUUUUAUAAGAUAAAAUAGGGUGGCUUGCGUUUGUAGGGUGAUUAUACGUAAGUUUUUUUUUUUUUUUUUGCCAUAUAUUAAUGGGGAAUCAAAGAUGUAAAUUGGGUUUUUCUGGUUUUAGGUAAAAGGGUAGUGAAAAAAAAUGUACUCCCUUAUUAUAGGAGAAGGGAAGGGAUGUUUGUAUAAGGAAUGAAAUAAUAAGAUUUUACUUUGUAUGUUGUAUGAU